AUGGAGGAGCUUUAUGAAAAUUUAAAAAUAAUUGAUUAUAGUUUAAUAUGCUUUGUGAAUAAAUAUAAAAUUAUAGACAAAUAUAUAAAACAUAUAUUAGAUAUUUUUGGAAAAAUAAUAGAUGAAUAUAAUACAUUAAUACAUAAAGUUAUAAAUGUCUAUAAACAAAAUGUCUACAAUUCUGUUCAUAACAGCUUCCUUGAAUUCAAAACAAAUGAGGAAAACCAAAAUAAAAAAAAUAAGGAGAUACAUGAAAUAAAGAAUACUCUUAAAAAAGCAAUAAAACUCACUAAAACGAACAUAAAUUUUAAUGAUAACAACCAAGAUAACCAGGAUGCUUUAGAAUUUAAUACAAAUAUAAAAAUUAGUUUUCCUUAUAAUACAUUAGCUUUAUACAAACUCAGAUAUUAUCGAAAUUUAUUUUUCAAAAAAUAUUCCACUAUAACAAAAAAUGACAAUUAUUUGAAUGCUAAUUAUCAAAGAAAACGAUUUCUAGAAAAAUUAAAAUUAUCAGCAAAAAAUAGACAAAACCAAAAAAAUGAUAUUUUUAAAGAUGAUUAUAAAAAUAUGCAAAGAAUAUUAAAAGAAAAUUAUUUUUUUAAGGAAUCAAAUAAUUUAAAGGAUAUAUUAGUUAUAACUAAAUAUUUAAAUAAGGCUAAAAAUAUUAUUAACAAUAUUCCUUAUUUUUUGUAUACUAUAAUGGAAGAAUUUGAAACAAGUGGUUCUACAUUCCAAGAAAACAUGUAUUUAUUCGUUCUCCUUGCGUUAAAUAUGUGGCUUAAAAAGAUUACCCAAGAAUGUGAACGAUUCAUCUCGGAUCCUAAAACUAAAGGAAAGAAAUGCAAAAAAGAAAAAGAAAAUGAGAAAUAUAAAAUAUAUAAAGAAUAUCUUUAUGAUAUAAUACAAAGAGGAGCCGAACAAACAGAGAUGUUUAACGACGAUAAAGUUUUAUUUUAUUAUCCUUCAAAUAUGAAAUUUAAUGUUAAUACCUCAUUUCUGACUUAUCAUUUUUUAUAUAUAAAUAAAAAUUUAUUUAAUUUUAUAAAAAAAAAAAAAAAAAUAAAAAAAGGACAAAAAGAAAUACAAUAUAAUACAAUUACAAAGAUUAUUGAGAAAAUAAAUUAUAAGGAAAAAGAUGAUAGUGCAUACAUGAAAAAUGAUAUAUAUAAUUAUAAUUUAUAUAAUGAAUAUGUAGAUUUAUACAGUCUUAUUAAUUUAAGUUUCAAAAUAGAUAAUGAAAAUAUAUAUCCAAAUAUAUUUUUAAUAAAAAAUUACAUGCAUGAAGAAGCUAAAAAUAUAAUAGACAUAAUAUAUAAAUUACAAAAUAAAUAUUUAAAUUUAAUCAUCUAUCAAGAUGUUUCAAUAAUUAUACAAUUAAUUUUAUAUAUUUUAGACAAUUUAAAAAUAUUAAGCAAAAAAGAAUGUCAACAAAAUUUUGAUGAUUAUAGUAGUGAGUCAAAAAAAUAUAUUUCAAAUAUAAAAUGUAAUUAUUUAAAUAUGUAUAGUAAGAUAUUAUUUCCUAUACGUUUAACAUUUUUAAAUAUCCUUAAAUUUGUGCAUAAUAUAUUGAAAACACAUAAAUGGAAUUAUAUAUGCACAUUUUGGUCUAAAAUUAAAGAAAAUAAAUUUGACAGUCAUACAGAUACUAAUGAUACAACUAAACACAACGUAAUAGAUGAAAAUAAAAAAGGUCUUGGAAUAAAAAACGAAGAAAAUUGUUCCGAAAACGGUUCCGAAAACGGUUCCGAAAAUUGUUCCAAAAAUUGUUCCAAAAAUAGUAAAUUUAAUUAUUUACCUUUGUUAUUAGACGAGUGUAAUGAAGAUAAUUGUUAUAAUUUUAAUAAAAAAAAAAAAAAAAAAAAUACUUACAAUAAUUCUGAACAAGCAAAAUUUGAGCUAGCUGAACAAGCAAAAUUUGAGCUAGCUGAACAAGCAAAAUUUGAGCUAGCUGAACAAAGAAUGUUAUGUUUUGAUUUUUACAAAAUCGUUAAUGAUAAUUUGAAAAAUGUAAAAAUCGAAAUAGAGAAUAAAAAUAAUAGAGAUAUAUAUACAGGAAUAUCACUAAAAAAAAAAAAUAAAUAUAAAAUAGAUAAAAGCCCCAAAGCUAAUAAUUAUAUGUCUAGUUCUAAGCAAACAAAAACAAAAUCCACAAAUUUGAAAGAAAUACAAAUAAAGACGACAAAAUUGAAAGAAACAAAAUUGAAAGAAACCCAAAUAAAAACGACAAAAUUGAAAGAAGCACAAAUAAAAACGACAAAAACGAUUAACCUCGCUAAUAAUUAUGAUAAAAAUAAUACUUGUUCUAUUUUGAAAAAAAUAAAAACCCAAACAACCCUUACUAAAAAAGGGGAUAAUUUUUCUGUUCAAAAUAAAGCUCUGUCUAAAACAUUAAAAAGUAACAAUCCAUGUCUCUCAAAAAUUAAAACAGAUAAUCAAAAAAGAAUAAACCAAAUAGAUGUACAAAAUAAACCAAGUAUAAAUUAUUUAAAUAACAAAAUUGUUAUAGAAAAACAAAUUAAUUUCAUUCCAAAAAAAAUUGAAAAAGUGGGAAAUGGGUCAUGGGUCAACACCAAAAAAAAAGUGGCCACACCAAAGUAG